AUGCCCCUCUGGCAAAUUUACCACCCAUCCGACACAUAUACCGACCAAGCCAGCAAAACAUCAUUCGCCUCAGACAUAACCAAGAUGUACAAAGAGCUAGGCCUGCCCGCCUUCUACGUCGUAACAAACUUCAUUCCCCUCCCAAAAGGAGACAUCUUAGUAGGCGGCAAGGCAAUCGACAAACCCUUCAUCCGAAUUGUGAUCACACACAUUGCAAUCACGAUGCCAAACGAAGACGAAACAUACAAGCGAUCCACGUCUCGGAUUGAUCAGAUCUUGAAGAUUAAUGUUGCGGACUUGGGAUAUGACUGGGAAUACCACAUUGAUGAGACUGAGCGGCGGUUGUGGAAGAUUAAUGGGAUGGUUCCGCCGUCGUGGGGUAGUGAGGAGGAGAGGGUUUGGGUGAAGGAGAAUCGGGCUGUUUUUUAUGAGGGGGCUUACUGA